CUCACUCAGUCUUCAGCGGAAGGUCCUCCUCCUCUGGGUUCAUAGCAGAUAGCAGAAGUGAGUUUAGUUGCCGCUUUCUGAACAUUUCGCGCCAUAGGCCGAGCGUGACUGGAAUUGUUAUCGCAGGCUACCCAACAAAACACUGCUCACGCUGGGCUCAGCGUACGUUGUGGGGUAACGUCCUCGUCCUCCCUCCCUCUCUUUCCUUUGACAAAGCGCUGUUACCUCGUGUCGCCCGGUGAGCAGACGGAGACGGUGUCACGCUGGGCUGGUCUACGCGUGCCAUUGGCACGUCAACGGCAGCCUAAGACAAAAAACACAAAACUGGGGACAAGAACAACGCGGAUCGGAUUGUCGGAAUGCGGCUCCUUUCGGACACAAAAGCCUUUCCUCCACUGUCUAUUUCUUUCCAGUAUUGUUCCUAAUGUCCUCUAAUGACCGAGAGGAGGGAAGUCCCCAACAAACCGCCAGCCACCAACACCACACAAAGAGAUGGAGAGCCUGCGCUGACUGCAGGCAACAAGAAGAGAAAGAUUGGAAGCAAUCGAGUCGGAGUGGAGAGUAAUGUGCUAACUCUGCCUUUCCAGCAAACUCGACAGAAACUUCACGAGCCAUGGAUUUCCGCCUACAGAAAUUAGACAUAAGUCCAUGGCAUGUCACACCUGCUUUGACAAGGAAUCACGAAUUCGUCAGUCCACGUCCUACACGUAUGUGCGUUGAACGCGCCCACCCUGCCGAUCAAGUGGCGCGGCGAUAGUCCACCGAGCACCUGGCUGCACGCGGCGCUGCUGAACAACGCCGAAAAAGUGCACUGCGUAUAAACGGCGGACGCGACGCGUAGGCACAGCUCGUUUGUAAGUACGACCGUAGGACAUCCAGUCGCGGCAAGACUAAUCCCGGCCGGAGGGAGGCGGGAAGGGAAAGCCACCCGACGCGGGCGCGUGGCGAGGUGGCGCGGCUAUAAAGGCGCCCAACUUCACACUACGCUGAACUCCAUUUCCCGCCGCCGUCGCAUCGACACCAUGACGACAGCGCUCGCGAUGUCCAAGCUGGCCGCCGGCGCGGUGCUGGUGGUGCUGGGCGUGGUUCUGCUGGAGCCCGCGUCGGCGCGCCCCUGGCCGCAGCCCUACCCUCUGCCGCGGCGCUACGUCGCCGUGCCCCUGGACGACGUGGAGCUCAUCAGGCAGGUCCGCCAGGCGCACCUUCCGCGCGGCCACCACGGCGGCAGACACCGCCACCGGGAGCCCCAGCCGCAGGCCUCCUCGUACGAGGCCGAUGGCGAUCACGACGGAUUCGCCCCGGACUCUGACCAAGCUAGGAACAGGUUCGAACGGCAGUCUGGUGGGGGCGGGGGCGACGACCACGAGUACGUGGACUACGGCGCGCACACUGGACACCACGGCGCGUUCGGGUGGUACGCGGACUUCCCCGUCGUCAGCAAGGGCCAUCGAUGAAGACGUGGCCUGCUGCUAGUCUAAAUUAUUAACGACCAAAAAUUGUAUUUCAGAUUUGAUGCCAUUAUGACAAAUCUGUGUAUGUGGGAGGGGGAAGGGGGGACGAU